CGUGCGCGGCCCCACCGUUGCGUUUUGCGCGGCCCCCGGGGGUUGCACCGUGCUCGGCCCCACCGUUGCGUUUUGCGCGGCCCCCGGGGGUUGCACCGUGCGCGGCCCCACCGUUGCGUUUUGCGCGGCCCCCGGGGGUUGCGCUCAUCCCCCCUCAGCCGUGCCUGCGCGCUGGGUUGCGCGGGGAGGGGAGGCGGCACUUUAUUUUGCUGUAUUUUGCUGUGGUUGGCUUUGUUUCAUCCUCCCGCAAGGUUUGCAAAAGGAGGAGCAGGGGAUGGCGCAGAGCGGGGUGCUGUCGCCUCCCUGGCAUCGCCGGUUUGGGGGUGGCAGAGCCGAGGGGGGAGCACAGCAGUGCCCCGCAGUUCCCCUGCACGCCCCGGGGUGCUGCGGGUGGGGAAAACGCUCCGUGAGGCCGCGGCUAACCAGGUCUGUGCGUUUGCUGUCGUGGGAUGUUGCAGCCUUUAGUGGGUGCUCGGCAUCCCGCUGGGACCCGAGCUCUUUGCCCCGCUCCCGCCGACAUCGGCGCAGGGGCCCUGCGCUAAGGCGUGCACCGAUUGAUCCGUGUGAAAUGUGGGGAAGCAAAACCCAGGCGUUGCUUUGGGAUGCUCCGAGACCACCGAACCCCACGGCUGAAUCCCUGCAGCCCGCCAAGGGCCGCUUCCCCGCAAGCAGGUUGCUCUGACUCGGCGUUCGGGGAGGCUCCGAGCUCGUCGAGGUCUGCAGCUGGAGGGAAGCAUCCCUCUGCAGUCGACGUCGUGGAGACGGGGGUGGAUUUUAAGGUUGUGAAGGACCAUGUUGCCUUUCUGACCCCGUGAGCGGAGCUAUCCCGGGGCUUUCGUGCUCCAGUAAAGGAUGUAACGUGAUGUUGGGUAAGCGCGCCUUAUCGGCACCGCUGCUGACCGCAGCGUCAUCUUAAAACCGAAAGACCCUUCGCAGGGUCAAGGCUGGCAGGGAGAAAAAGGCCUCCCAGGCACUCAGAAGAGGCUGAGAGAUGCGGUAUCGCGCUGGAGAAUGCGUCUGAGGUGCCCCGCGUCCCUCGUGUCCGCAGCGUUUCUCUUUCCCAGGGCAUACGGAAGCAGCACAACCCGUGCAGCCUUUGCCCAUUUCCUUUUGAAUUUGCCCCAGUUGGCGCGGAGGAGUUUCUCGAAGGCGGCGCAAGGGUGAGAGAGGAAGAGCUUUGUGGUAGGAAAGGGAGGAGUGUGACCGCAAAGCGGCCGGUCACCCAUCGGAAGGCUCUUUGGGUGCCUGGGCUCCGCUCCGUGGGCUUGCCCGGCUGCGCCAUGGCUGGGGUCGUGGUCCCUGCCGCCGUGCUGACCCCGCUCCCAGCCCCUCAGACCCCCUUGGCUCAUGUUUUGCUCCAGAUCUGCAGCGUAGCAGCGCUCGGGGGUUAAACCUCACCCCUUUUUCUUCCUGUGCUUCUUAGUUUAAGGGUACCGAGGUUUAACGCUGCCAGCCUGGGAGGCUGGCCUGAGAGGCAGGGGGUGCUCUAAUCCUGGCUUAACACACCAAAACGGGGCUGAUGGGCUGCGAGGAGCACAGCCUUCUUCCUAAGGGAAGUGGGAGCCCUCUGUUUAGCCAGAGUUUGGGAAAAAUAUGAGGUUUUGGAUACAAAAAACUUCCCCCCAGCCCCUCGCCCGUGGUUGCCCAAGCGAGGAUGCUCUCUGGAGCUGCUGAGUGCUUUCUCCAGCUUGGCAGGUGGUUUUGACGUACAGCGAGGUCUUGCAAAACCGGGUGCAGGAGAGGUUAGAGCGAUGCCUGCGCAGGGCGGGGGAGAAACCCGCCUCAUCAGAAGGGGUUGACCGCUGUUGCCUCAGCCGCUGUCGUCAGCACGUGGUGAAGCAAAUGCUGACCGUGCUGUCAGCUUCCUCCCAACGGAUGACCCUUCCCUACAAACUCGAACUGAAACCAGUUUGAGGUGGACAGGGCUGCUGGGAGGGCACCUCGCCUACAAGGGCUUGAUUUUCUCACCCAUCUCAAGGGUUUGACGCAGGAGAACGAUUCCCCCCGGGGUUCCUGGCAACGGCAGAGCCUGAAUCCCUGUCUUCCACAUCCCCACCUUGUAUCGCGCCCGUCUCAUCCUUUUGUUUCUUCCAGCCUUGGAAUUUUUUCCGGCUGCGCUCCCCCUGUGGAUGCUGCCGUGUCUGGGUAGGACCAGACCGCCUGGUAAAACACGUUUGCUCCGGCUGCGUGGCGGCCAGGGCGACACGUUUCUCUCCAGUUGGCUCGCGCGGGCGAGUUCAUGUUGGCUUGGUGGAAAGGGCAGGAGAAGCGAUGUUAUCUCACCUCACCCCCUCGCUGGGUCUGGGCUUGCAGCCGGCCGUGACGUCUCCCAUCCCAAACUAGAGCCUGAAGGCUGCUCUGGAAGAUCCUCAUGAGUUAAAUCUCGUCCUACGUGACCCAAACGCCAUUUUCCUUUCCUUAUCCCUCCUUCCUUCCUUUUGUCUCCUCCUGAUUUUUCAUUUCCCUGUCUCCAAGGGCCUGGAUUGACCUUGCCAGCCCCAUCCCAUCAACCAGACAGCCCCAGACCUUGCUGGCUGGAGCAGGAACCUCCCUGCAUGGACAUUCCUCUUGCGCGCGACCUCUAGCCCGCACGCGUGGAUGGGGGACGAUAGAGAGAGGGAGACACUGCCCAGGAAGCCCUGAACAUCCAGCAGGGACCACGAGAGUGAAGGGACACCUAAAAAGUCCACUUGGGGUUGGUUUGUUUUGAGAAAGGUGCUUGUGAAAGAGCUGUGGCUGCAAAAGAGCUUGUGGAGAAGGUCUCCGGGACCAGCAUGCGUCCGCUUUCGGGGGGUGUGUGCUGCUGGGGGGAAAGGCUGCGUCUCGGGCAAAAGCUCAGGGCAAAAACCAGUGCUGGCAUGUGCGAACGGUCCCCGCUGGGGCUGCUUUGCAGAGGGGUGUUCGGUGCUACGAGACGUGUGGGCUUGAGGUUUCCAGCUCCGCAUCCUGGUGUCAGAGGGUACGUCCUCCCCUGCUAGGACAAGUGCUAGAUGUCAGGGCGUCCUGAGCACCUUUCUCCCUAAUUUUCCCCCCAAAUCUCAACAGCAGGAACGUGUGGUGGUUUUCUGAAAGGAGCAAGACAAGGCAUGAAGUCUUCUCGGAGCCAGGCAGCUGCAAGGACUCCAGGCAGUAUUUUGGCCGUGCAAACCUGGCGUCAGCGGGGAGUCGUGGCUCCUCUCCUCCCUUUGCAAGCCACACUGGUGCAUCGCUGACCCCUCCCGGAGUUUGCAGCCGCUCCUGGCUCUUUUACCCCCUUUAAUGCCCCUUUAGCAGCAGAGACAGAAGCAAAUCUCUUCCCAGGGCUCUCCAGAUGAGCUCAGGGGUAAAACCCCCCUACUUUGGGAGCCAAAGGAGAGACGGCCGGGUGCCCCUGCGCUGUGUUUGCCAACAAGGUGCGGCCACUAGUAGCGAUUCAAACUGGUAGCGCAGCUUCGUGGCUCUCCGCCCUCCCCUCCGCCAGCGCCGGAUGCUUCCCGGACACGUCCGCUGGCAGGCAGGUGAUGACGGCUGCAGCGAUCCCAUCCCAACCGGGGACGGCUCCGCUUGCGCAAGCGGUGGGGUAAGGCGCGGUGAGUCAAGGCGAGAGCCCUUUCUCGUUCGCCGUGUUUUGGGGAGCAGCCAGGAUGGGAGCGGGAGGUGAGAAAACCUACGGGGAUGGGGAUGGGGUGGUGCAAGAGCCACAGCUCUGCAGGACGGAGCCGGUUGUGGCCGUGCUCCUGGGCUCCCCCAAAAGACUUGCUGCUUAUAGGAUCAAGAAAGUCGUGAUAAUUUUGUUGUUGGUAACAACAGAGUUCAGGCGGAGAGGUGGGCUGUGCUUUUUGCUACCCAGCCUGGUUCGGGGAGGUGCAGAAAGCAAGCUGGGUUGUUUCUGGGUUGUUUCCAGGUUGUUUGGAUGCUUUCCACCUCCUGCAAACCCUGCAGACGUCACUGGGGAAAAGCCUUUGUGCGAGGCACCCCCUUGCCCUCUCCUUUGUUCCGCUCUUUUGAAGGGCGGCACUCGCUCCUCCUCGCCCUCCCGCGCCUGCCCCCAGCCUCGAUUAACCUGGAGUCGAUGCUUUUUGCAGGGUUUGACUCUGGCAGCGGGGAGAUCUGACAUCUCCCCUCCUCACGGGCCCUUGGCAAGCUUCGCAGCCAUUCGUUUUGGCUCCUGGGAGGGCUUUUGUUUUAAUAAACCAUCCCCACGGCGCAUCCGCCCCCUUCCUUAACCUGAAACUUAUCCCUUGGAGUGGCACUGGCCGCGUUUUGGGAGCCAGCUUCCCGCUGGGUUGCUUGGCGAGGUGGAGACCCUGGCCCUAGUGAUCAUCAAAACCAGGGGAUGGUUUUAAUUAAUUGCUUUUGUCACCUGCAGAUGAGCUUUGGGGUCGGACCGGGGAGCGGCAGGAAUCCAGCCGGGGUGGCUUUUCCAGCAGAGGAUGAGUGGAUAGGCUCCCUCCUCCCGGCGUGUAAAUCAUUAAGUCUGUCUGAGUGUCCUCCUGGAAACGUGAACCUGGCCCUGCCAGCUCCAGGGACGGGAACUAGCGGCUUGGCUUGGUGUUUGUGCCACGUGUUACCUCCCCGCUGCUGCCUCAAGAUCCUAGAGUUGGGACACCGUGGCUUGUAAUCCGGAGUGGAGUUAGGGGAUAAGUGGGUUCGACUUCAUGGGAUGGAGGGUGACGAUUAAAAUCCCACCUGGGGUGAUGACAGUGAUGCCUCUGGCAAUCCCCCUCUCCCAGGCUGGGCAUCGGGGCGUAGCAGAGACCGGUGGGAAUGGGAGGUGCUGAGCCACGCUGGGCGUCACUAAAAGUGGAAAAAGCAAAUUUUGUGGCCAUGUCCUCUGUGCAGGGGGGAAACACAACGAGCAAACAAGCAUGAAAAGUGGCUGGGAGAGCUCUCCCUGCGCUUGGCCUGGCUCUGCACCAGCCCUGCUCCCUUCCCCCAGCGGCUAAGCCGCUGGUUUUGUGCCAGCUUUUCUCCCCGGAGUCCUUUGGCAUCGUCCACGUGACCAUCACGUGCGGCGGGAGGGUGACGGGGCAGUGCUGGGGCACCGUGUGCCCGCAGCAUCCCCCUGCACGGCGGAGGUGGCCCCGAGCAGCUCUGCCGAGAGCCCAGGGCGGAUGGCAGAGGGGUCGCCGAGUCCAGCCGCCUUCCAGGGCUCAUCCAGGGAUGCCAUCGCUGCACUGUGGCAUCUCCUAAAUAACCCCUCGCAUCAGCUCCUCUUAUUUUUGAUUCCCUGUUCUUUGGCUUUGCAGACAAGCUGCUGGGGGACCAGCGGCCGGGCUACGGGACGCUGCAGCGAGACGCUGAUAAAUCCCGCAUGGAGGUCACGGGCUACCAGACCAAGCUGUGGCGGGUGGUGCUGUGCCACGCUUGCUCCGUGCUGACAGCAGGGCUGCUCCUCAUCCUCUUCCACUGGAAGCCAAGCCUGGAGGUGCAGGCGAAGUGCAAGCCCUGUGCCCUCGGCCAGGCCGACUGGGUCAUCAUCAGGGACCGAUUCGGACAGUGCUUCACCACCCGCGUGCGCACAGAGGCGCUGGGCGAGGGCAGCAGCCUGGAGCAUCACCCCGGGGCCAGGCUGGAGGACCGGAGGACCAGCAUCGCCAUCGGCAUGUCGGAUGAGGAGGAGAGCCGGGACACCAUCCGGCUCCAUGAGAAAGAAGAGAAGAACACCUUGCGGUACUACCUUUUCGAGGGUAUGCGCUACAUCUGGAUCGAACAGCGACAGGCGUACUGCAAAGUCAGCGUCUUGGAUGAAGGCUGGACCUGCGCAGAUCUCCACCGCUUCCAGGCUGGGCUCGACCAGCAAGACCACAACACCAGAAAGAAGAUCUACGGACCGAACCUCAUCGAGGUGCCAGUCAAGUCCUACAUGAGGCUGUUGGUGGAGGAGGUGCUCAAUCCCUUCUACAUCUUCCAAGUGUUCAGCAUCGUGCUGUGGGUCUGUGACGCCUAUUACUACUACGCUGCCUGCAUCUUCCUCAUCUCCACCAUCUCCUUAGGGGUGUCGCUCUAUGAGACAAGGAAGCAAAGCACCACGCUGCAAAACAUGGCCAAGAUGUCGGUCAGUGUCCGAGUCCAUCGCCCCAGCGGAGAGGAGAUGAUGGUGAGCUCCGCGGACCUGGUGCCGGGCGAUUGCAUCAGCCUCCCCACGGACGGGAUGCUGGUCCCUUGUGAUGCCGCGCUGCUGACGGGCGAGUGCGUGGUCAACGAGAGCAUGCUGACGGGGGAGAGCGUGCCGGUGAUGAAAACCCCUCUCCCGGCUGGCAGCCAGGCAGCUGGCACCGUCUAUUCCCCCGAGGAGCACAGGCGGCACACGUUGUUCUGCGGGACGCAGGUCAUCCAAGCCAAGUCGUACGUGGGUGGAGAAGUGCUGGCCGUGGUGACCCGCACAGGGUUUUGCACAGCCAAAGGGGAUCUCAUCAGCUCCAUCCUCUACCCCAAACCUGUGAGCUUCAAGUUUUACAAGGAUGCUGUGAAGUUUGUCCUGUUCCUCUCUGUCCUGGCUUUUAUCGGCACGCUGUACAGCAUCCUCAUCUUGGUUAAGAACCAGGUCCCCACGGGGCAAAUCAUCAUCCGUGCCCUCGACCUCAUCACCGUCAUCGUGCCCCCAGCUCUCCCAGCUGCAAUGACGGUGGGCACCAUCUACGCCCAGAACAGGCUAAAGAAACACGGCAUCUUCUGCAUCAGCCCUCCCCGUAUCAACCUCUGCGGGAAGAUCCGCCUGGUUUGCUUCGACAAGACGGGAACCCUGACGGAGGAAGGUCUGGAUGUCUGGGGGGUGGUCCCGCUGGAGAACAACCACUUCAUGCCCAUCGUCCACGAGCCCCGCUGCCUCCCCGCCGGUCCCUUGCUCUACUCUCUGGCCACCUGCCACACCAUCUCGCUGCUGCAGGCACAGCCCAGCGGGGACCCCGUGGACCUCAAGAUGGUGGAGUCCACUGGCUGGAGCCUGGAGAUGAUGGAUGAGGAGAAAGGUGAGCUGCCCACCCUCCAGCAGUUCGGGACAAAGGUCUUGGCUGUGAUGAAGCCUCCGCCUGAGGAAGAACAGCCGCGAGACAGGAAGCACCAGUUGCCCUUGGGGAUCCUCCGGCGUUUCCCCUUCUCCUCCUCCUUGCAGAGGAUGAGCGUCUUGGUGAAGCUGCCCGGUGAAGCUUCAGCCCACGCCUACAUCAAGGGUGCACCGGAGAUGGUGGCCAGCCUUUGCAGGAAGGAGACGGUGCCCGUGGAUUUCUCCCAGAUGCUGCGACACUAUACCACGGAUGGUUUCCGGGUCUUGGGUCUGGCUUGCAGACCCCUGAGCACAGUGACCACCUUUGAGGAGGCCCUGCAGCUCCCAAGGGACUCUGUGGAGAGCAGCCUGACCUUCCUGGGGUUCCUUGUCAUGAAAAACGUCCUCAAGCCAGAGUCUGCGCCCGUGAUCCACCUCCUGAGGAACGCCAACAUCCGCCCCGUCAUGGUGACAGGAGACAACAUGCUGACGGCGGUGAACGUGGCCAGGAGCUGCCGCAUGGUGGAGCCGAAAGAGCGGGUGAUCUUCGUCAACGCUUCCCCGCCCAGCCACGAUAAACCCGCCGCUCUGAAAUUCAUCCUCGCCGAGCACCCGCAGGGCGAAGAGCAGCCGGAGGGUCCGCACCAGCGGGACGGCUGCUUCCUCCAGCCGCAGCCCUGCCACUUCGCGCUGAACGGCAAAUCCUUCGCCGUGGUUUGCGAGCACUUUGCCGACGUGUUGCCGAAGAUCCUCAUCCGAGCCACUGUGUUCGCCCGCAUGUCGCCUGACCAGAAGACUCAGCUGGUGUGCAGCCUGCAAGAGCUCAACUACUGCGUGGGGAUGUGUGGGGAUGGCGCCAACGACUGCGGGGCUCUGAAAGCAGCCGACGUGGGCAUCUCGCUGUCGGAGGCGGAGGCAUCGGUGGCCUCGCCGUUCACCUCCCGCGUGGCCAACAUCGAGUGCGUGCCCACCGUCAUCCGCGAGGGCAGGUGCUCGCUGGUCACCUCCUUCGGCGUCUUUAAGUACAUGGCCCUGUACAGCCUGGUGCAGUUCGUGUCCGUCCUGCUGCUCUACACGAUCAACACCAACCUCAGCGACUUCCAAUUCCUCUUCUUCGACCUGAUCAUCACCACCACCGUGGCGGUGCUGAUGGGUCGGACUGGUCCUGCCCAGGAGCUGGGGGUGGAGCGUCCCCAAGGGGCAUUGAUCAGUGUCCUCGUGCUGGGCAGCCUGCUCCUCCAGACAGCUCUGCUCAUCACCGUGCAAGUCCUCAGCUACUUCAUCACCGUCUCACAGAGCUGGUUCGUGCCGCUGAACAGCACGGUGACGGCUCCCCAGAACCUGCCCAACUACGAGAACACGGUCCUCUUCUGUGUCACGGGCUUCCAGUACCUCAUCCUGGCCGUCGCCAUGUCUAAAGGGUACCCGUUUCGGGAGCCGCUCUACACCAACGUGCUCUUCUUGGUAGUCCUCAUCCUCCUUUUUGGCCUCAUGAUAUGGUUGACCCUCUACCCACUGGGCUUCCCCAAAAUUCUGCUGAAGCUGAAGGGCAUUGACGACUUGAGUUUCAAGCUGCUGCUGCUGGGGAUCGCCGCCCUCAACUUCUUUGCUGCCUUUGUGCUGGAGACUGCCCUGGACCACGGCUUGCUCAGCUGCCUCCGCAAGCUGCGCCGAAAGGAGGCGUCCAAGAAGCUUUUCAAGAGGCUGGAGAAAGAGCUGAGCCAGCAGCAGCCAUCCUGGCCGCCUCUUAACGAACCGCUCUUCGCUACGCCCAAGAUGUCCAUCACCGUUAGAUAGCACACGUCGGGCUUCCCUCCUGCCCGCUCCGCAGGCAAGCGCUGCCUGCCAGCCCUUGGAUGCUCUCCUUUAUUUAUCCCGGUAAAUCGAGGGGUGCCGCGGGCAGGCUCCCGCGGGCAGACCCUCAGCAUCGCAGCUGUGAAUCCGCACACACCGGUCCCGCAGCCGUGGCCGAGAGGAGAUGCUGGAGAAUCAGACUAGGGGAGAAAGUCCAGAGGAGGAGAAAUGGUCCAGCUCAGCUCUUCCUCCAGGAUCUCUCCUGCUUCCAUGCUGGCCUCAGACCCGUCUCCCUGUGCUGGGCACCGGUACUGUUCUGCAGGGGGGAUGCUGCCUCUCUUUUCCUCUCCUGGCUGGUGAAAACCACCAAGAAGAGGGUCCCUGAUCUCAUGGCGAGGGCACCCACCCCAGCCCCGCAUCUCUGCUCACUGUGAAAGAAAAAACCCCUCCGCCUCCCCCCGCGGCCGCCCUAGAUGUGUAGGAACUGUUUACAGACCGCCCCGUCCCCGGCUUGCCAAGAAUGCUGCUCAAGCCCCAGCACCCGGGGACCAGCCACAGGCACCCUCUCUGCUUGCGAUGCUCCUGCAGAGCACUUCUGCUUUCGGACAGGACCUUUGUAGCAUUAAAAAAAAAAAAAAGAACCCAAAUCUCUUUUAUUUUUUAACUCUACUCCAGUGCAUCGAAGCGUAAGUGCAGUCGGGAGAAUGGCUUUCGGUUUCUGUAUGGUGCUGUCGUGAGCGUUGUCUAAUAAAUUAACACUAUUUUCUUGA